AUGCCAGAUCUACCCAAAUAUGAUGGCACCACAGAUCCACAAGAGCAUGUGAUUGUAUACACAUGUGCUGUUAACGGGAAUGAUAUGCAGCCAGACGAGGUUGAAUCCGUUCUACUCAAAAUGUUUGGUGAAACAUUGUCCAAAGGGAAAAUGACUUGGUAUUCACUGCUUCCGGAACACUCGAUUCAUUCUUUUGAGAUGCUUGCAGAUGCAUUUAUCAAAGCGCAUGCUGGAGCAAAGAAGGUGUCAGCAAGGAAGGCAGAUAUCUUCAUGAUUUCCCAGGGUAAUACUGAAUUGCUUCGUGAGUUUGUUAUAAGAUUCCAAAAGGAACGGACGUUGUUGUCGGCCAUCCCGGAUGAAUGGGCAGUAGAGGCAUUUGCAAAGGGAUUAAAUCCGAGAAGCUCGAGCGCUUCAUUGAAAUUAAAAGAAAGCCUAUUGGAAUUUCCCGCUACAACAUGGGCAGAUGUUCAUAUUAGGAAUGAAUCAAAAAUCCGAGUGGAAGAUGAUAAGUUCGGAUUGCCGGCUGGAUCUACUGGCCUUAGUCGGAACCAUGAUAGACCAAGAAGGAAUGUUGAUCAUGAUUCCAGAUAUGGAAAGAAAGUAAUAAGUAAGAUUGAUGGUGCGAAGCGGCCCCGACCGAUAAGGUUAGAUCCCAGCCAAAGGGAUAUGAGCUUAUUUUGUGAUUACCAUGGAACCCAUGGUCACUGGACUGCUGACUCCAGGCACUUCAGGGAUGAGGUUGCACGGUUGUUCAAGGACGGUCACUUAAGGGAAUUCUUAAGUGACAGGGCCAAUGAUAACUAUGGAAAGAAUAGGGAUUUUGUCAAACAAGAGUUUCAGAUCGAACCACGUCACGUUAUCAACAUGAUAAUUGACGAGCUCGAAAAAACCAAGAAAAUCCCUCCGAAUGAAAAAUAUGAGGUGACAGGAGUUCGUGGAACCCUUGAUCAUAAACAAAAGAAAGAUUUGUCAAUUGGCGAUAGAAAUAAUGGUCUUUAUAGUCUUUUCGACAUUUUUGCCCCUUUCCGAGCAUUGAGUACCAGUUGGUUAGUUUUCGGAGUUGCAGUUGUUCCGAGAAGUGCGGUGAACAUUAUUCAGUGGGAAGUCAUAGAACAGUUAGCAAUGAUGGGUGAAAUAGAUUUAUCUGGAGGAAUUGAGAAAGGAGUUAUGGAGUUAUUAGUUGUCACUGGAGGCGGAGAGUGGAAUACAAAGUUUCAAGUAGUAAAUGGAGGCACGGAUUUCAAGUUUGUCUUGGGAAGACCUUGGAUUCAAGAUACAAACACCGUGAUCGCAUCUCCAUUCAGACGGAUCAAAAGGAAAAGCGGAUCCCAGGAAGAAAUGAGUUCGGAUGCAAAGGAAGAUUACAAGAUUACCCGGAGAACUUAG